CGAACAACACCACAAGUCUCCCUUGCGCGUACGGCUAUCACGACCGCCCAUGUUCAACGCACCCCGCGCCGCACAGCGCUACAGCACCGCGGGCACCAACGCCAACGGCUUCGGCGGAAGCUUCGUCGACGAAAUCAACAACCCGCUCGCUGCCUCCGUCUACGAUCAGGAUGGACUCGAUCCGUGGAGUGCCGCUCCGACACCCUCCCCGCCUCCCAUGCCCAUUUCUACUGCUGGCGGAUUCAGCUCUGUGAUAGCUGAUGCGACGGUGCCGCCGAUAUACAACAAGGCGUUCACGGCGGUGGAUAGUGCCGGUCUGGGCGAAGUGUCGGUCAACUCGCUCUCUAGGGUGCUGGCGACGUCGUCGUUGCCGGCUGCGACGGUCGACCGGAUCGUGAACCUGGUGAGCUCGCGGCCGCGCGUUUCGAAGCUCGAGUUCUUCGUCGCCCUGGCCCUCGUCGCACUCGCACAGUCCGGCAGCGAUAUCAGUGUCGAACAGGUCGCCGCCCUCGCCUCGGAGAACAACCUCCCCGAGCCGAGCCUCAACCUCGACACCAUCCAGCCCAGCGCAUCCAACUUCGCCGUCCCCUACUCCAACUACCGCCAGAACUCGGGCCCCGUGCGCGCCCCGACCGUGAGCUACCCGGACGACCCGUGGAGCGCGCCGCGCUUCCCGGCAGGGCAGUCCGAUUUCAGCGGCGGAGGUGCUGCUACCGCGCCGCGGAAUGCCACGGCGAACGGCACGUCGAGCGUCGCGGGUAGCGGUUUGCCGCACGACUGGUGGAGGAAGCAGGAGUCGGUACACGUGUCGAUACAGGGGCAGCAGGGGUUCUUGCUGAACAAGUACACCGUGUACGAGGUCACGACGGAUAAGGGCACUCCUGUGCACAGGCGGUAUUCUGAGUUUGUGUUUUUGUGGGAUUGCUUAGUGAGAAGAUACCCCUUUCGACUCUUGCCAGCUCUACCUCCAAAGCGCGUCCAACCCGAUGCGUCAUUUACUGAGCAGCGGAGGAAGGGUCUUAUGCGGUUCCUGAACUUUGUCGUUAACCACCCUGCUAUUAAAGAAGACGGCCUAUUGGCGGUCUUCCUUACCGAACCCGCCCUGGAAGCGUGGCGAAAGCACAAUUCUGUCUCGCUCGAAGAGGAAUCCGCGAGCAAACGGGUGGACAGGAUCGAAGAGAUGACUAUCCCAAGUGACCUCGAAGAUAAGCUUGCGAUCGUCAAGGGAAAGAUCAUCCCCUUGAUCGAGCAGUGGCAGAAGAUAUGCGUCCUCGCGGAGCGUAUCAUUAGGCGGCGGGAGGCAGCAGCGGUACGGGUCCCUUCGAACCUCCGGCGUUCCUUCUUGCCUUCUCACUUCGCGUUCCAUCUCUUCGCGCCCGCUCCCGCCUCCCGCAUCGCUGCUCGGGACCCUGCCUCCUUGCGGCCUUCUCCUACUACCGACGAUCAUAUGGCUUCGUCAACGGCCUCGAUUAUGACCGGCUCUACACUCUUUGCUGAUGGGAAUGCGGACCAUGCUGUUUCGGACGAUCAGGCGGAUCUGGCACGGCUCACGAAUGUGUUCCGCGUGGUUGCGGAGGUGAACGAGCGGUGUUGGAGAGGGGAUUCGUGUGAGCUGUGCGAAGGGGUGCGGCAGGGCAUUGAGCACAUUGCGACGCAUACGGGAAGGCAGUCGGACCUGGUGGAACAGCGGACGAAUGCGCUGCUAUAUUCCACCUUGGAGUCUCUGAAGAGUCAACGAGACUUGUACAUAGCCACGCGUGAUCUGUUCAUCCGGCACGACCGUCUAUCCGGCGAUAGUGUCGAGAAGCUCAAGAAGCGUGUGGACACCAACUCGAUGAAGAUGGAAGGGGUCAAGGCAGCGCAGAAAGACAGAUGGCAGGAAGAAGCGGACCGCAUUGCUGCACUCAUCGGGAAGGACCAGGCCACGAUCCAGAGCUUGCUCGCGCGACGCGUAUUCAUCCGAGCCUGCAUGUGGCACGAGCUCCGCGUUGUGCUGCACAACCGCGAGAAUGCGUUGCUUUCGCAGGCGGCCCAGCAGUUUGCGCGAGACGAGCAGAGCUUUGUUGAGAAUGUGCUCUCGAAUUGGACUUCGCUGCAGGAUGCGGUUGAGAACAUGCCGUACGAGUGAUCAGUGGCAACUCCAACUCGACUCCACCUCAUCAUCACCACCAUGUCAUGACCUUGAUUUUUCUAUGUUCCGUUUUUACUUACUUCCAUACUACUGCAUUGGUACGACCUCUUGACGAUUUAUCUGAAACACUAGGUUAGGGUAGUCUAGUCUUCUUCUAUGUUGCGUAAUUCGGAACCGAGUGUUUUGACGGCGAAGCUGCCAGUAUACCACAUGACGUUCUGGCAAUGUCUGCUUGGUUGCCGCUUCAAGCAAAC